UACAGACUUCGGAAGCCUCCGCCGAAGAGAGAAGAGAAGAAGCUUGGAGGUAAUGGCUGUCGUAAAAAGCUAGUUAUUUUCGGAGAUUUCUGGGGACUUGGCAGUUAAGUCUAAUCCAGUUAUCGCCCAUUGAAAACACUUUAGUCAAGCUACUUUGUGAAGUUUCAGAGGUUAAGAAGAGGCUUCAGCAGCUUAGGUUAAUAUCAGAGAUGUACACGACCUGGGGAAUCUGCAUGUGAUGCCAGUUGAGCCUCAGAAAGUCAGCGCGACCACAAAAGUGCCGAGCAGGGAGAAGGCUCUGCUGGACAAGCAGUUGGAGUGAGAAUAAAAACAACCGGAUCACAGGGCCAGACCCUCCACAAUCCACGUGACAUUGGGGAAGGACCGUCUGUCUUCAUCACAGGGAGGGGGCGGAGCAUUCUCUGAGAAGCUUGGGAGUGAGCUGCGCCUGACCACUCUUGGGGGAGGAGCUGCAUUUCACCAGGCUGCAGCUGACAAGAAGCUUCCAGCCUGUCUCCUUUUGGAGUGAGAAUCAAGACAGACGGAUCACAGGGCCAGACUCUUCCUGAUCCACAUGACAUUGGUAUCUUCCAUAUUGUCCCAUUCAAACAACGUGUUCAAGCAUCCUUGGGAAAUUCAGCUGGAGGAGAACAGGCCACACAAGCUGUAAACCCUUUGUAAUUCUUUGUAGUUUUAAAAGGGGCAUUGCUAACAGUAUUGUUUGUGGUAGGAGCUUCCUUAGCAGUGACAAGAAUAGCCAGACACCUCAAUCUCUGCUAGUAAACUCUUGGCACACAAAUCUAAAUCAUAAUGGAUGCCAAGUAUGUCUUAUGCAAUUGGCAAGACCAAUUGUGGCCAGCAAAAGUUUUGUCCAGAUCUGAGGCUUCAUCAAACAGUAAGAGAAAAGAGACAUUUUCCCUAGAAGUUCAGAUACUCUCACUAGAUGAAACAAUUAAAGUGGAAAGCACAGGAACAAAGAUCCUCACUAAAUCUCAAGUUGAAGCUAUUGCCUCCUCACUAGCAGCACAGUCAGAGGCCAGUGACCCACCUAGAGAGGAAACAGCCUAUGCAAGGUCACUAAAAAUGGCACUGGAUAUUCUGAAUGAGAGAACAAAUCUGAUUCAAGCAAGCAGUUCAGAUGAGGGAGAGACCACGACACUGUCUCAAAAUGUACCACAAAAGCUUUCUGACUCACCCCCUCGUAAAAAGUAUCGGAAGCACGAAGGAGACUUACCAAAGUGUCUUGAGGGAAAUGAAAAUUCAACAUCCCUGUUAGUAUCUUCAGAGAGUGAUGAUUCCCUGUAUGAUGAUAAAUCACGGGUGCAUGCAGUCACUGAUACUAUUCCAAGGGAAAUGGAAACAAAGUCAUCACAAAACUUCAGCUGGCGCCACACUUUCCCUUCACUUUCAGAAGAUGAGGAUGAAAAGGAGAGCAAGAAAAAGAUUGACAUCUCAACAAUUAUGCCUUUGCAUUCCACAAUUAAAGAGGAAUAUGUUAAAGAUGAAAAGUUCACUCCAACUUUACCAUCAGAUAGCUUCACUGUGCCCAAAGCUUUGAAAGAGGAGGCACAGGACAUCUGCCCAGAGGCCCCGGCUAUUCCCUCUGAAUGCUCUACCUUCUCAGAGAAUAGUGAAGAUCCUGGAGAGGGUCCCUCCAAUCCAUGCUCAGAUACCAGCCAGAAUCAACCUACUGUGGAAUCAGAGAUGGGUGCUGUGGCAUCCCCUAGGCCUUCUUCAUGGGAACACCAGGUUUCCUUUAGUGCCUCUAACCAUGCCAUGGAUUAUUCACUCCUUGUGAAUAAUGAAAGAAAUCUUCAGACACUGGAUUUUGAGGAACUUGGGGAAGAACUUCAAGCUUCUGACAAGUCAGUUCAUCUAAAUUCUAUUGAUGCUUCCAUAUUAGAUGACAGUGAGGAGGAUGAAGAACUUCCACGUUUCAUUUUUCAUUAUGAGCCACGUUCAUUUGAAACAGGAAUGAUAGUCUGGUUUAAAUAUCAAAAAUAUCCAUUUUGGCCAGCAGUGGUAAAAAGCAUCAGGCGAAAAGAGAGAAAAGCAAGUGUGCUUUUUGUUGAGGCAAAUAUGAAUCCUGAAAAGAGAGGCAUUAGAGUGCCUUUUAGAAGAUUAAAGAAAUUUGACUGUAAAGAGAAACAAGCACUAGUGGAUAAAGCCAGGGAGGACUACAGUGAAAGUAUUGACUGGUGCAUCUCGCUGAUUUGUGACUACAGAGUUAGACUAGGUUGUGGUUCUUUUGCAGGCUCUUUCCUUGAGUAUUAUGCUGCUGACAUUAGUUAUCCACUUAGGAAAGUAAUCAAACAGGAUACCUUCAGGAACUUAUUUCCAAAGCUGCAAAAUGAAAAUCCUGUGGAAUCAAUGGUUGUGACUUCCCAGACCAAGAAAAUGUCCUUCCAGAAAAUUCUUCCAGACCGAAUGAAGUCUGCUCGGGACCGAGCCAACAAGAACCUAGUGGACUUCAUUGUGAAUGCAAAGGGAACAGAGAGCCAUCUUUUAGCCAUUUUAAAAGGCACGAAAGGGUCCAGGUGGCUGAAAUCAUUUUUGAAUGCAAAUAGGUUCACACCCUGUAUUGAAACAUACUUUGAGGAUGAAGAUCAGUUGGAUGAGGUGGUGAAAUAUUUACAAGAAAUCUACAAACAAAUAGAUGAAAAAAUGCUGACUCUGAUAAGAGAUGAUAAAAUUAAAUUUAUCCUGGAAGUUCUUCUGCCGGAAGCAAUCAUUUGUUCAAUUUCCGCUGUUGAUGGAUUAGAUUACAAGGCAGCGGAAGCAAAGUAUCUAAAAGGGCCAUCUCUAGGAUACAGGGAAAGAGAAUUAUUUGAUGCAAAAAUCAUAUUCGAAAAGAGACGGAAACCAUUAACAAAUGAAGCUCAUUAAAUCUUCUGAGAGUCCAAACCGUAACAGGGAACUUCCAUAGAUGCUAGUUUAAAAAAAAAUCUCUGAAUGAUUCUAACAUAUAAAUAUUUUCCAGAAAUGGGAGACUUUGGGUGAUGAGUUCACUUUUUCUUUGCAAUCUCUAGGAUCUAUGACUAUUGCUACAUCUUCAUUUCCUUUUCCUGUGCUUCUUCAAAGUCAAAUUAUUAACAUAUUUCAGCAGUUCUA